UUGUAGGAGUGACCAUUUCUUUACCAAGAUUCCGCAGCAAAGAGGCUCUGAGCCAGCCUCCUCGGCAAGGUGUCCUUCCCAGGGGCUGUCUAGGGAGGACGUUAGCUGAGCGGCACCCACAGAGAAUGCUUCGUUUGCUCCGGACCAGGCUGAGUGCCAACUGGUGGAGGCAACUUUGGGCACAAGCCCGGGCAAUGCCACACUUCAGGCUGCCGUCGCCUCCAUACUACAUAACACACCACAGAGGGAGCUACUCGAGUCAAGCGAACAAGGGAUCCACCUCCUUUGUCAUGAACCUGUUCAACGGGCAGCUCGUACCCGACAACGUUUUCCCCUUCCCCUCAGUGCUGUCCGAGGAGCAGACGCAGUUCCUGCAAGCCCUGGUGGAUCCCUGCACCCGCUUCUUCGAGGAGGUCAAUGAUGCUGCGGAAAACGAGAAGCUGGAGCACGUUGAGGAGGCCACCCUGGCCGGGCUGAAGGAGAUGGGAGCCUUUGGGCUGCAGGUGCCUGAGGAGCUGGGAGGCGUUGGGCUGACGAACACCCAGUACGCUCGCGUGGUGGAGGUGGUUGGCGUGCACGACCUUGGCGUGGGCAUAAGCCUCGGCGCUCACCAGUCCAUCGGCUUUAAGGGGAUCCUGCUCUUUGGGACCCAGCGUCAGAAGGAGAAAUACCUGCCCAAGCUGGCCUCCGGUAGGAAUGUUUCCUGCACGCCCUGGCGCCCCCGGGAAGGUAGAAUGCAGACGGAGACUGAGUGGUGGGAGCUGGGCUCACUGUGUCCUCACCGCUCUGGUUCCAGUAAUGGAGGGACAGCUGAGAUCUUCACCGUGUUCGCCAAGACGCCAGUCAAGCAGCCAACGGGGGAAGUGAAGGACAAAAUCUCAGCCUUCAUUGUGGAGAGAGCGUUCGGGGGCGUGACCAGCGGCCCCCCGGAGAAGAAGAUGGGCAUCAAGUGCUCCAACACGGCUGAGGUUCACUUCGACAACGUGAAGGUGCCAGCGGAAAAUCUGCUUGGGGAGCAUGGAAAAGGCUUCAUGGUCGCCAUGAACAUCCUGAACAACGGGCGCUUUGGGAUGGCCUCCGCCCUGUCGGGCACCAUGCGCGGAGUGAUCGUCAAAGCUGUUGACCAUGCUGCUAAUCGUAAGCAGUUCGGAGACACCAUCAGCAACUAUGGGGCUAUUCAGGAGAAAGUCGCCCGCAUGGCCAUGCUGCACUAUGUAACGGAGUCGAUGGCCUACGUGGUGAGCGCCAACAUGGACAUGAAGGUGCCGGAUUACAAGCUGGAAGCUGCCAUCAGCAAGAUCUUUGCCUCGGAAACGGGCGUGGAACGAGUCCUGAGAGACCUGAGGAUCUUCCGCAUUUUCGAGGGCACCAAUGACAUCCUCCGCUUGUUUGUGGCCCUGACGGGCAUUGAGUAUGCAGGGGUCCAGUUAAAAAACCUGCGAGCAACGGUCAUGAAUCCAUCGGGGAAAACAGAGGUCAUCCUGAAAGAGAUCGGGAUGAGAGCAAAGCGGAAAGUCGGGAUCCCCACGGGCUUGUCUCUGGAGGGCGUUGUUCACCCAGGCCUGGACAAGAGUGCCUACCUGGUGACGAGGGCCAUUGACCUGUUUGGGGAAGCUGUCGAGAGCCUGCUGCUGAAGCACGGCGAGAAGGUGAUAGACCAACAGUUCCACCUGAAGCGCGUGGCCGACGCUGCCAUUGACAUCUAUGCCAUGGCCGUGGUGCUGUCCAGGGCCAGCCGCUCUCUGUCUCUGGGACAUCCCACCGCAGAGCACGAGAAGCUCUUGUGCCAAACAUGGAGCCACGAGGCAUUUGAGCGAGUGAGAGAGAACCUCCGGGCGGUCGGCUCCUCCGCGUGGAACCAGGCCUUCGCUGACAUGAAGCAAAUAUCGAAUGCUGUUGUGCAGAACAAAGGGAUCCUCGCCGCACACCCACUGGGCUUCUGAGCAGAACUGCUGCUUGGCCUGCCACCGAGCCGCUGACAAGCCCUGCUGUAGAGAGAAGUAUUAAAUGCCGCGCGUUUUCUAGA